ACGUCGUGUUACACGCAAGCUAACCGAGUCAUGUCGUACAAUCGAGGGAUGCGCCGAGACAGUGGCAGAAGAUCUGAGUUUGGUGGCGGCGGAGGCAACCGUAGGGGAGGUGGAAAUUACAUGAGCAGCUACGAUAACUAUAACAGCAAUAUGAAUCCGUGGGAGGGAGGAAUGGUCCCAGGCCGCUCAGGAAGCAGCAUGCUUGGAAGCCAAGGGCAGGGCGAUCUUCUAUCUCAGCUGACCUCACCAGAGGCACAGCUGGCUCUAGCAAGCAACUUGAUCACCAAGUUGAUUAGCCAGCAGCAGUCAGUUCCAAGUCUGCUCAACAUGGGCAACAUGGGGUCAGGCGGAGGCAUGUCCUCUUUCAAUGAUAGCUAUGGUAACAACCGUAACUUCCAAGACCGUCGACGACGCAUGGACCAGCGCAGAACAGAGCCGUAUAAUAAGUCGGGUAUGAACCGACGUAUGGAUAGUGACCGUCGCAAUCUAGGCCGUAACCGAACAGGUUACGAACGCAAGACUCCUGUUUCAAAAUCUCCCAAAGCUCAGAAAGAAGAGAAUAAGAAAGAUAAAGAGGCUGAGAAACCCAAUGGAGAUGUUAAAACUGAACCCACUGAUGUUUCUAAAAGGGAAGAGAAGAAGGAAGAAGAAACCGAAUCUUCCCACCCCAAAGAGGCUGAAAAAGAGACCAAACCGAUUCCGAUUCCCGCAGCUCUGCUCUACUGCCACGUUUGCUCUAAGAACAUGUGGGAUGAAAUUUCCUUCACUAAGCAUCUGAAAGGAAGACCUCAUCAGCUGAUGAUGGAUGGUCUGAAUGAAAAGUACAAGCUGAAAGUGGAUCUGCUCCGUCAUGAGAUGAGACUGGCAGAACAACAGCGCGAGAUGGAAUUGGAACGCAAGCAGCGUCAGGGACUCAAGAUUUACAACCAUCCUCGUGAAUACUGCGCUAUGUGCGACCUCCACUUCUACGGAAACCUGAUUUCUCACCGCAAGAACGUGCGCCACCAGAAAUUGAAGGCGUUUUUGCACCCCAAAUGUUCCCACUGCAACAAGGAGUUUUCUACACGGCUGGAGUGGGAUGAGCAUCGUCUACAGUUCUCUCAUCUCGAGAAAGUGGCCGAGUUCCGUCGAGCUACAAAACCUAACAUGAAGGAUGAUGAUUUUGACAUCGAUGAGCUUGUGAAUCCUGACAGUGUCAACUGUGGUGAGAUGGUGAACAAGGAGAUCCCGGUGUUGGUGCGUUCUCACUCCGAGGAGGAUAUCACUGGAGAGUUGAAAGAAGAACCGCUGAAGGAACGAGAGGACGCCAAGAAAGACGGCAAGGAAGGAGAGGAGAAGAAGGAAGAAGAGAAAGAGAAUGAAAUGGCUCAGGGCAUUGACAUAGAGCCGAGUAAACUCCCCAAGUACAUCCCCUCAGUUCCUGUUGGAAAAGAUUUGGUGAUACAAGUGACCGGUUACAUGUGCCGAGUAUGCAGUCGCUUCAUUCAGAGCGAAGAAGAGUGUAAAGUCCACUGUCGCACAUUGUCUCAUUACAACAACUACUGCAACACAGUACGAGCCAAGGCUCGUAUCAUGGGAAGAAAGAAGAGAAAUGACGAUUCAUCAUUAUUGUCUCCGACUAAAGAUGGAGAUAAAGAAGAUGAAAAAGUUGCUGUCAAAACUGAAGGGGAUGAAGCAGUUGAUGGUGACAAUGAUAAUGCUGUCGAAGAUGACGAGGGGAACUGGAAAAGGCGCAAAGUGAGCGACAAGGAUGAAUCUAUGGAAGUGGACGAGAGCAAAACAGAAGAGAAGGAUGACAUACCGGACAGUGUUUGGGAAGAAGUCGAUAAGGAUAUAGAUGAAUCAAUAGAAGCUACAAAGGAGACGGAGGAAGCUAAAGAAGAAGACUCGGCUCCUGUCAAGAGAGGACGAGGAGGUGGUGGUAGAGGAGGCCGUCGCGGAAGAGGGCGAGGAAAAUAAAUGUGACGAGCAAAUAUCCACUUAAUCAAUGUUAGAAGCAUAGUUUUAAUCAUUUUUAAGAAUUUAUACAUAGAUUGUUUUCAGAUUCUAUUAAAGACUAGCAGUAUGCUUUGUAAUGGGCAGAAUGUAUUAAUCAUCUUUUGAAGCACUAAUGGGAACCAGGUGUCCUAUUAUCAAACCACAUUAUAAAUCUUUAUUUGGUUAACUCAGAAUUUUUCUGUUGAAAGUUAAUUAGUGGUAACAAUUUUGUUUUAAUCUCUUGACAAAUUUCAAUUAAAUCACCAGCAAACCCCUUUGAAUGUAGCCGAAUCUGAAGGUCGCUGGUUUGAUUCCAAGCAAGAUAAUUUUAUGGACCCAGAUACAAAUUUUUUCAUUGGCUAUCAAUUAAUGAUGCUAUUCUACAAAAGUUCAACUUUAAAUUGUAACAAGACCACAGUUUGAACCAUUCCCAAUCAAUACCUAAAAAGUUCCACCUGCAAAGGAACAAAAAAAUGUAUGGGGAAUUAUUAUUAUGAGAUGGGGAUGCCCCUGGGUGUAUUUUAUUCAAAUAUGAAUGAAGGAUUCGUGUAGAUCAUAAUUUGAGCUAAGACCAAACAAAUUGCUUAUAAAAACCUCCAUUUUGUUUUCUUUUGUAUAGUGCAUUGUUUUAAGAUUCUAUAAAUAAAAAAUUAAUUCCCAUGUAUUAAUACUAAAUGCCCAAAUCUUUAGGUUAGGAGACAUAAUUGCUAUUUGCAACUUAUAGAUCACUUUUUCGUCAUAUUGCAGCAAAAACAGCCGUUUUAAUACAUGCGUUGUGGGUAUAAAGUAACUUGUUUACUCCCUAAAAGCCUUUUUAGUCCCUAGGGAGUAAGUCAGCUAUUGUACACUCAGUUGAAACAUUUGAUUCUUCCAGAAUCAUUUUCAUGGAUCGAUUUACUUAAUUGGUUGUAGCUUAUUUUGCAUUCUUCUCAAUAGUUAACAUAUCUAAAGGAUGAUGUACCUACACUAACAAAAUCAUCAUGUACUAAAUGAUUGAACCCCUUUCUAAACAGCUGCUUAUUUGCAUUAGCAAAAUUAAAACCAAGUUGGAAGUCGUUUUGAAAAAAUAUCUUAACAUGAAAGUAUUUGGUUUUCUAUUUUAGUUAGCUUAAAUUAUGAUGCAAUAUGACGAAAACUAUUGUUCAGCACAUGGUCAAAAAGUUUCUUUUCAACCCUCACUCAAUUUCCGACUUUGGCUUUGCCUCGAUCGUGAAACUUGAGAGUUUGGGCCGAAAAGAGUCACUUUACGCUCUAGUGAAGAAUACUAUCUUAUUUUGUGUUGUUGUAUAUUUUAUUUUAAAUAUGUUUGUAGCAACAUAAUUGAACAUUUUAUUUGAGACAACCAAGGAUUUUAUAAUCGGCAAUUAUACUUUUUACUUUAAAUAAAUCAUUAUGAAUUUCA